GAAGACUUCCUCUACAGCAGGAACGGUGCAGAGCUGAAACAGCUUUUCACUCGAUUUAGCAGCUUUGGAAAUGAGACUCUGAGCUAACUCCUUGACUUGGUGGUGGACAGAUGUACAAUGGUGAAGAAAAGGCUGUCUUACAAAGACUCGGUAUUCCGGCUUGAUGUUCCAGCCAGCCCCAAGAACAUCGGUGCAGAGGCCCCGCACAGCUCAGUGAGCAGCUCCGGCUCCGUGUUCCUCAGCUCAGAGACUGAAAAUGGCGUGGAUGAGAAAAAGAAGACCUGCAAGUCACAGACAGCCCAAUCCCCUGUCCCGUCCGCGGAGGCCGAGUCCCCAGACCAGAAGAAAAGCAUUUGCCUGCGUCUCCCUGGAUUUUAUUUUCCUAGAUCAAAAUCCAGUUUCGAUGGUGCCUCUUUAGCAGGUGACAAGAACAACUGUAAAACAGAAAGCAAAAAUGAUCCUAAGACGGAAAGGAAAAAAUCUUCAUCUUCUAGCCAGUACAAAGCGAACAUGCACUUUCACAAGUUGUUCCUUGAUGUGCCCACCGAGGAGCCCCUGAGACAAAGCUUUACCUGCGCUCUACAGAAAGAAAUACUGUACCAAGGAAAGCUCUUUGUAUCAGAAAACUGGAUUUGUUUUCAUUCCAAAGUCUUUGGGAAAGACACUAAGAUCUCUAUUCCGGCUUUUUCAGUAACCCUAAUAAAGAAAACCAAAACUGCUCUUUUGGUGCCAAAUGCCCUGAUUAUAGCAACAGUGACUGACAGGUAUAUAUUUGUCUCUUUGCUUUCCAGAGAUUCGACUUACAAACUGCUCAGAUCUGUAUGUGGACACUUAGAAAAUACCAGUGUUGGUAAUAGUCCCAGCCCAUCUUCUCCUGAAAAUUGUUUCAGGGCAGAUCACCCCUCAUCUUUGCCACUGGAUUUCAAUGAUGAGUUUUCAGAUCUGGAUGGAGUCGUUGGACAGAGAAGGCAAGAUAUGGAAGGCUACAGCAGUUCUGGCUCCCAGACUCCUGAAUCUGAGAACUCCCGAGAUUUCCGAGUGACAGAAUCCCAGACUGUUCUGAACGUCUCCAAGACGGAAGUGAAACCUGCCCGGGCUGAUGCCCACGUGAACAGAGCAUCUGAAGGGAAAGCUAAGAGUCUCCCUGCACACGGUCCGUCAGAAACGGUUGGAAUGUUGCCCAAAGUCAAGUCUCAGAAAUGCCUGAGUCUCCACCAUAUCCUUAUAUUCUAUGCCAUUGUGGUCUGUGCACUAAUCAUCUCGACCUUCUACAUGAGCUACAGAAUCAGUGCUCUGGAGGAGCGGCUGGGCUCCCUGACAUCCAUCAUGGAAACCCACAGUGCUGAACAGACACCAGCAUCUGGCCUGAGAUCACAAGUACAGUUAAACGUGGAGGUCCUCUGCCAAGAGCUCACGGCUAACAUAGUAAAGUUAGAAAAGAUACAAAACAACUUACAGAAACUCCUAGAGAAUGGCAACUGAUGCCUAGUUUCCUGGGGCUGACUAAUAUCUCACAUUCCUCCGAAGAAGGUGCUCCCAAGGAGUUCCUGGUAAGCGUGCCCUGCUGGUCAGAGGUGCCAAUGGAUGAGAACCCAGACAUGGUUGCACUUGAAGGUCUGCAGCUCAGAAAGAGGGGAAGGGGAAUCACUUCGCUGCUUGUGCAAUAAAAGUUGACCUUGUCUUUGAGGAAAUUUUGCUGCUACCGUCUGAAGAAAACAGACCCAUCUCUGGAGGUCUUCCAGCGAGUACUCUGGAAUGAUCGUGGUUUGGUGGUUUUGUUCACUGUGUCAGCAAUCACUCCACUCUAGGUCUGCUUAGUCCUCCCCACCCUCUCUACAUCCUUCUGCAGGUCAUUGAAACUAAAGGUUCAUUAUGUACCAAUGACCUCUAUAUGGUCCUUUAAAGAAUUAGCCACGAGUCUUUCUUUCAAAGGCAGUAAAUGUCUUUGGAUGGACAGACUUGCUACAGGCAAAUGCCAUUCUUUCAUCCUGUCAAUGUUACCCUCUGUUUAAGUCAUCUACCUAUGUACCUUAAAUUCUGUGUUCAAUUUCUGUAAGAAUGUCAAGCAAAGAGUAUUAAACUAUCCCAGUUUGGUUUGGUUUGGUUUGGUUUGAUUUGGUUUAGUUUCUGUGACUAAUAUGUAAUUGGAGUGAUUCUAACCCACCUCAGGUCAAGAAUCUGUGAGGCAGAAGACUGAAAUACUACAUUAAACUUACUUUGACACCAAAACUAAUCUUUAAACCAAAUGUUGUAAUAGUGCUUUAAUAAAAGAUGAAGAAUACUGAAUUGUUAGGAUUAUAGGUGGACUAUUGUAGCAGUUUUGAAACAGGACAUCUGUAUUAGGUGCUGGAAGUCAUUACAGCAUGACAAGUGUGUCUUUCUCCUUUGCUGACUAAAAUAACUGGUGGUUUGCUAACUUUAUGCACCAUGUAAUUUGAGUGGGUUUUAUUAAUAAUUAUUUACAGAACCAUAAGAUUUGUAGUACAAAGUAUAUUCUAUAUCUAUAAUGCAUUUUAUAAUCAUUUCUAUGAAAUGUGUUUUGUUUAAUCAGAUAAGCUAAUAUGUGAAUUGGUUACAUCAUUUGUAUUUGUUAGCUCACUGGACAACAGCUGUGUCUGGUACACCACCAGCUUUUAAUAAAUACUCCAUGGUUAAAGAA